AAGCAACAUAUCAAAGAACAAAAAAAUAUAGAAAAAAUAAUAAAAUCAAUAUCCCCCUCAAAGAAAAAACAAUUAAACAUAAAAAAAAAUCCCCUCGCUUCAUUCAACAACAAAAGUCACCAUCACAUCAUCAUCGUCAUCUUCAACUAUCAUCCAUCCAUCCAGCUAUCCAUCAAUUGCCUGGUCCAAAGCUAAACCGGCAUUGUAACAAUACCCUCCUCCUCCUUCCUUCCAGCAGAACCAGAACAACGAAAAAGAACAAUAAAAAAAUAAUAAAACCGAAAAGAAAAGAAAUCAGAACGUGUGGCAGCAUCACGACGAGCAACAAACAAAAAGGAAAAGAUCAACACGCAAAACUAAUCGCUGACUUCAAGUGAACUUCAAACUCUACAGCUCAUCGAAACCAAAUCCCAGUCCAACACCACCACACACAGAAAGAAUCAGAACCAAAACCAAGAUGUCAGACGGUAUUGAAGUUGAGCAAAUGCCUGAAAUUGUUGAGACCAGCAAACCGAGAAGGAUGCCCAUGGCUACAUCAUUGGACAAGGAUGCCAUACGUGAAGCAUAUGAAGAUGUGCGCUCAGAUCUCACAGACACAGAAUGGGCCGUUUUCAAAUUCGAUGGUCCCAGAAUAACCUGCUCGGUACGUGGCCAAUGCUUUGAGGAGUUCCGCCAACAGUUCGGUGACAAUGAACGUGCAUUCGGCUAUAUACGCAUCCAAAUGGGCGAUGAAAUGUCCAAGAGAAAAAAAUUCAUUUUCCUCACCUGGAUCGGACAAGAUGUCGGUGUCAUACAAAGGGCUAAAAUGUCAACGGAUAAGGCUAUUAUUAAAGAUGUGCUAAAUAAUUUUGCUGUUGAAUUGCAAGCUGGCGUUGACAAUGAAUUGGACAUUGAACUUUUCCGUGAAGCUUUAAAUCGUGCCGGUGGUGCUAAUUAUGGUACUGGUGUGCGUAACUUUUAAGUAAUGCCCAGGAAACCAACACCAACAACAAAAACAUCCUCUUUUAUAAAAAAACGAAAACAAAAAACCUACUAAAAACUAAAGACAUAAAUCAUCUCUUGGCGGCGAUUCGAGAUGAUCGAAUUGGAUUGUUCAUCAUUCGAUUGCCCUCUAUGAGAUUUUUGUAAAAGUGUACUUCUCUUCUUCUUCAUGCAAGAUUUUAAGAGUUUUUAUUAUUACUACUUUUUUUAAUAAGAGCAAAAUGUUGCAAUAAAAGUCCUGAUUAGCUUCUAAGUGUAUUUAAGACAUACAAUUAAAAAUUCUUUUUUUAAAAAACUUGACAACGUGAGAAGGAUGUAAGGGAACGAAGGUUAUGAUGAUGGCGAUGAGAAAUUACAGCUGAUCUGGCAAUUGUUAGCAAUUUAAAUAAACAAUUCAUUGAUAUAUGGUUAGACAUACUUACAUAUUUACUAUAUUUCUAACGGCUUGCAAUUAAAAUCCGAGAGACUUAUUUAAAGUUCAAUAUCAUUUGUAUUUUCUCCGUUUUAUUGCUAAACAACAUUUCAAAUUUGUCCGAAUCCAUCAUCGUCGUGACUUUCAAAUUCUCUUCUCACGUCUGCAUCUCUUGUUUAAGUUUAAAAACUCCUUUUUUUCGUGGUCAUACAUAUUUCAACCAAGGUAUUUUUUAACAAAAAAAUUCUCUUCAAAAGUAAUGUAUUUUUAAUAUUAAAAAAAUAUAUUUUUAAAUAAUUACAAAAAAGUCAAAUAAAAUUAACAAAAAAUCAA